CCAACCAAUGGAAUCUUCAUGAGUGCGUUUCUCAUCGUUUUACCUCUGGAGUCCAUGGCUCAUGGGCUUUUCCAUGAGCUGGGAAACUGCUUGGGAGGAACGUGCAUCGGGUAUGCUGUUGUGAUUCCCACCAACUUCUGCAGUCCUGAUGGCCAGCCAACUCUUCUUCCACCUGAGCACGUGCAGGAGUUAAAUUUGAGGUCUACUGGUAUGCUUAAUGCUAUCCAAAGAUUUUUUGCAUAUCACAUGAUCGAGACAUAUGGUUGUGACUACUCUACAAGCGGACUGACCUUUGAUACUCUUCAUUCCAAGAUCAAGUCUUUUCUUGAACUUCGGACAGCAGAUGGACCCAGACAUGACACCUACAUUUUAUAUUACAGCGGUCACUCACACGGCACUGGCGAAUGGGCACUGGCAGGGGGUGAUGCUUUACGACUUGACACACUGUUGGAGUGGUGGAGAGAAAAGAAUGGCACUUUCUGUUCUCGACUCAUCAUCGUUUUAGACUGUGAGAACUCUCAGCCUUGGGUUAAAGAAGUAAGAAAAGUCAACGACCAGUAUGUUGCUGUGCAAGGAGCAGAAAUGGCCAGAGUUGUGGACGUUGAGGAAGCAGACCCUCCACAGCUUGGUGACUUCACCAGGCAGUGGGUUGAGUACAACUGCAACCCUGAGAGCAACAUCAGCUGGUCCGACAAGGGACGCACGGUGAAAGCGCUGUACGGGGUGUCAAAGCGCUGGAGCGACUACACUUUGCAUUUGCCGACGGGAAGCGACGUUGCCAAACACUGGAUGAUGUACUUCCCACAUGUCACCUACCCCUUAGUACAUUUGGCAAACUGGUUUUGUGGUCUCAAUCUGUUCUGGGUCUGUAAAGCGUGCUUUAGGUGCUUGAAAAGACUGAAAAUGAGUUGGUUUCUUCCCACGGUGCUGGACACAGGACAGGGUUUCAAACUUGUCAAAUCCUAA